AUGACUUUGACUCGAAUCCGAGCAACAACAACAACAAAAGACGGCAUCAAAUGGUACUACGAACAGGAGGGCUCCGGCCCCGAUGUCAUACUCGUCCCCGACGGCCUAGGCGACUGCGCGGUGAUGGACCGCCCCAUGUCCCUCAUAGCAGCCUCAGGCUUCCGCGUAACCACAGUCGACAUGCCCGGCAUGUCGAGAUCCUCAGCCCCGCUCGAAGCGUGCAGAAAAGUCACGCCUCGGAAGCUGGCCUUGCAGAUCAACAACCUCCUUGAACAUCUCGACAUCGACAACGCGACCGUUUGGGGAUGUAGUUCAGGAGCGCUGUGUGCACUGGGACUUUGUGCGUACUACCCUGACCGCCUUCGGAAUGUGUUUAUGCAUGAAGCACCCCUUCAGCUCUUGGAUAUGCUCAAGGAUCUCCCUCAGAUGGAUGACCGGGCAAUCGUCGACGCCAUGGUGCCGAUCUCGAGACAAAUGGCCGGAGAUCCAAAGGCACAAGAGGCGUGGGAUCAGCUUCCGAAGGAGGUUCAUGCUCGUAUCGAAAAGAAUUUCAUCGUGUGGGCGCACGGCUACAUUUCUGAUCUAACGUUCAACCUGCCUCUGUCGGAUCAAGAUCUGCACCAGAGACCGAUUGCAUGGUCGGUUGGCGCGAGUACGCCGAUGGCUGCUUUCUUCAACAAUGUGGUCACGGCGACGAAGGCGAGCUUGCCGAUCAGUUUGCUGCCUGGAGGUCAUUUCCCGUACGUCACUCAUCCGGAGGAGAUGGCUAGGUAUAUCGUAGAGAUCACGCGAAAGUAUGUUUGA